UCUUCGCUGGCGCUUUUGCUUUCCCCCUUGCACAGUGCUCGCAGACAUAAAACCAAAGUAGUCAGGUGCAGUGAACGGUUAGCCUUGUUGUGUGUGUCUAAAUAAGAAAACCAUGAACUCGCACUUCUAUCCCGGAAGAACCACACCGGAAACCAUGGUCGGUGGCAUACGAAAAUGGGAACAACUGUCCCGCACAGCCGGCAAACAAUCGCUCGCACCGUUUGGCGAUGGCUACGAAACUGCCCGGCAGGUAAAGAGUCGCAAAGAGGACUCGGAAUCGGACCAAGAACCCACAGAACCCCCGGAGGAGGAUGAUCAGUACACGGAGCAGCACUACUCGGAAUCGGAGUUUCACACCGAGCAGGAAGAGGAUGACGACGAGCAGGCCGACCGCAACGAGCACGGCUGGUCAGAACAUGCGCAUCCGCCGAUUCAGGUGUCUCAAUAUCCGCCGAAAAGAUUCGAGCAGGGCAGUCACCUCCUGCAUAUUGAUUUCAUUACCGACGAGCUGGGACGGUUCGAGUUGCCAAGCUCGGGCCAGAGCAGAGGCCGUCGACCGAUGGGAACGAUGGGAAGUGGUGCAACGGGAAGGAAAUCCGCUUCCGGUCAGCAACAGUCCCAGCAGCACAACAUUUCCUUUAGCCGCGAGCGGGUACGUGAGAUCGAGCGAACCAAUCAGAUUCUGCUGCGCCGUAUCAUUACCACCCGACCGACGCUACAGACGCAAAAUAGUAGUAAACCGGUGAAAAGGACCCGUUUGUUGCAGAGCUCAACGAACGCUUCACCGGUAACCAGCGCAGCGACAAAUCGACGCAAGAUGCAGGAAAAAAUUGCAGCAGAAAAUGAGAUUUUGCUCCGAAAAGUGAACUCGGUUGGCAGCCGGUCGACGAAGCGAAUGACUAGCUAGGGCAGUUGCCUAUGCCGGUUGCCUAUUUUUUCCUAUUUACGUAUGUGUGUUUUGGGUGUGUACACCGUUUCUUCUGGACUCUGCCAAAAUUAUGUACUUCUGACUUAAAUAGAGAUCGAUCGAGAA